UUUGUCAUCUUUGCUUAUACGGAACACUGAUACCCCUGGACUGUUUUGGAGUGAGAAGUUGUUGAGUGCCAUUAUAAAUUCUGCUGUUGCCGCGACGUCGCCACUGUUAAAACACGAUGGGGAAGACGGCGCGCAAAGAGUGGCGGUUGGCGCAACGUGCGCAACGGUUUCAGUGGGUCUGUGCGCCCCAAGCCAGCAGAGGGAGGAGAGGAGAGCUACACUUUUCAGUUCGCACAGCUGGUGAGAAGACAGGUAGUAGCGCGUCUCCCUGUGUGGGAGAGAUUAGCUCUUCACAGUAAAGAAAAUAAACUUAUGAACGUGGACAUGGCAAGCGUCAGAUAUCGUUAUGGUAAAAUAAGUCAUUCAUAAUACAUUGAGGGCGCCCUACGGUCAGCUCCAAGCGGGAACACAUCAGUGAAGUUGACAUGGACGUCUCCAACAGCAGCGUCAUGGCAAAAGCCUCACCCUCGGAGGGUCCCUACGACCCUUACUUGGCCGCGUAUGACGUCUUGCUGGACUACGAGGUGCCCCUAGACCAGAUCCCCGACACGACACAGGGUCGUGCCUUCUUCGUGGCCACCAUUGGCAUCGCCGUGGUGCUGGUGUGCAUCAUACUCGUGUGCGGCGUCGGCAACUGCCUCUUCAUCGCCGCGCUGGCCCGUUACAAGAAGCUCCGGAACAUCACCAAUCUCCUCAUUGCCAACUUGGCGGUGUCCGACGUUCUCGUUGCCGUGGUGUGCUGUCCCUUCUUGAUGGAUUACUACGUUGUCAAGCAGCUAUCUUGGGACCACGGGUUGGUCCUCUGCGCCUCCAUUAAUUACCUACGGACGGUCUCUCUGUAUGUGUCUACCAACGCACUGCUGGCCAUUGCUGUGGACAGGUAUAUGGCGAUAGUGCAUCCUCUGCGGCCACGCAUGAAGCACCAGACAGCCUACUUCCUGAUCCUGGGUGUGUGGGUGGUCCCCGUCCUCAUUUCCAUUCCCGCAGCCUACUUCGCCUCGGAGACGGCCUACCCCGCCCACGGCGAUGGCGGCGGUGGCUACGGCGACGGUCACCGCGACCACAAGAUCUUCUGCGCCCAGAUCUGGCCGGUGGACAGCCAAGUCUACCGCUCCUACUUCCUGAUGGUGUUCGCCGCCGAGUUCCUGGGGCCCGUGGCGGUGAUGUCGGCGUGCUACGUGCGCGUCUCGCGCGAGCUCUGGUUCAAGGGCAUGCCCGGCUUCCCCACGGAGCAGCUGCGCCGGCGGCUGCGGAGGCGGAGGAGGACGGUGCUGGUGCUCAUGGGAGUCCUGGUGGCGUACGUCCUGUGCUGGGCGCCGUACUACGGCUUCGCGCUGCUGCGCGACUUCUACCCGACCCUCAUCUCCAGGCGCUACUCGCUCGUCGUGUUCUACGUGGUGGAGUGCAUCGCCAUGAGCAAUGGCGUGAUCAACACGCUCUGCUUCGUCAGCGUGCGGCGGGGCCGCUGCCCCUGGAGGUGGGCGGGAGGAGGGUGGGGGUGGUUCCGGGGGGCGGGGGCUGCGGCGUGCUCCAGAGCGACGACCAACUGGACGGUGGUCACGGGGAAGGACGGGAACGACAUCACCAUGAUGGGCAAGACGGCGACGACGGCGACGACGGCGGCGGUCGAGGAAGGGGACCCUGGCUCAUUGUCAUUGAGGGUGACUGAGAACGUGGACUGCACGCAUAUAAGAUGAGGGAGGAUUUUUUUUUUUUUUUUGUCUCAACUGAUCAAAUUGAGUGUAAGGGGUAACAGAGAACACCUUUAAGCCAUGAGAUCAAAUGUCUCAUCUCUCGUCUUGGCUUCUUGAUUUAUUUUCACAUAAUUUUCCUGGUCUUGGAUUUGGUAAAAUCAAAACUCCCAAAAGUCACUGUAAAGAGUAACCGACCACACGUUUAAGCAAGGACACAAAAUGUCUUGCAUCUCCUGAGGCAUAAGCUGGAGACAUGGCCCACACUAACCUAUUAGCCCCAAAAAAACAGAACUCUUGCCUCUACCGGUCUUGGGGUAAAAUCAAGACACCCAAAGUGAGUGUAAGAGGUUAACAUUGGAGAGACUAAAAGUUUCCUGAGGCAGCCCCCUAUUUCAGCCAUUCCUGGCUUCUUAAUUUGUGUCCCGUGUUGAAGUUGUUGAACAUUAACUGCAUGGUAAACACCUCCUCACCAAACCAUCCUCUGAGGCAGAAAACGUAUAUUCUACUCGUCUCCCUUUGGCAAACAAUGAGGUGGGAUUCCAGAGUCUCCUUCCACAUCGCCGUGGUGAUGCAGCAUUGCAAGGUCACUGGAGGUCAGAGGGUAAAACACUGGGCAUCUGAACACAGAGGCUGUUAUAGGUG